AUGACAGCAGCAACCAAAUUUAUUAAAAACACCCACCCUUUCCCCACCUAUUUCUUCAGUCAUGGAGCUCCAUCAUUCAUGUAUCCAGAAGAUCAAUUCGGAAACGCAGGAGCAUACAAAACCAUCAAAAAAAUCGGUACCAAAAUCAAAUCCCAACUCAAACCAGAUUAUAUUAUCGUUGUGAGUGCUCAUUGGCAAUCUCAAGGCACGAAUUUAAUUGAAAUCAAUUAUCAACCCCGGGGAGAGAAUAAGUUGAUUUAUGAUUUUUAUGGAUUUCCUAAAUAUAUGUAUCAAGAAGAAUUUCAUUCUUUUGGUUCCUUAACUAUUGCCAAUGAGAUCCAAAAAGAAUUAAAAUCUGGUGGAUUUGAUACUAGGAUUUCUGAUCGUGGUAUUGAUCAUGGAGUUUGGGUGCCUUUUAAAGUUGCUUUUAGUGAUUAUACUACCCAAACGAAACAACCUGAAGAGAAGGGGGCGUUGGAUUUACCUGAUACUGCGGUGAUUCAAGUUAGUUUAACUUCAUCAGAUGGAGAUUUUGAGAAACACUUCAAAUUAGGUGAAGUGUUGAGUAAAUUUAGGAAUGAAUUAGUAUGGGAUGAAGAGAAACAAAGGUAUUUAAGUGGGAUGAUUAUUUGUUCAGGUAUGAGCGUACAUAAUUUAUAUGACUUAGGUACAAGUUUUCAAAUGCCUGGCAAAGUUAUGCCAUAUGUUAAACCAUUUAAUCAAUUAUUAAAUAAUACUUUAACCAAAAGUGGUGAUCGUUUAUUGAAUGGAUUAUUGGAUUUGAAGAAGAGUAGUUUAUUAAAACAAGCUCAUCCUACUUUAGAACAUUUCGUACCUAUUGUGGUUGCAAGUGGAGUUGCUAACAAAUCAGGUGAAUCAAUUAAGGAAUUGUAUAAUGCUGAAGCAAAUAGUUUAGCUUGGGGUAUUUAUCAAAUUGGUAAUUACAAACUUUGA